AUGGUGGUCUAUGUGAGAGCCACAAUGGAGGUUUCAGAUGCCUUUGCUCCCAACAAAGCCAAAAUGGGCGCCUGCCCUCUAUGCCAGACCCCCACCGUCUUUUCAUUUGAGUCCCGAGGCUACAUUUACAUAGAGACUCAACUUCUGGACCCUGAGGUUCCUCUUAGUGUGACAUUCAGCUUCAGGACAGAAAAAACGGUCGGCACCCUCUUGCAGCGCAGAGUGGACGACCUGCUUCUCAGCAUUGAGCUGAUGGACGGGCAUCUUUCCCUCCGCAGUCUAAGAGGUCAAGGCUCCAUCACGCUGGUUCAGGAGCUGCCAGAGUACUUGUCCAACAACAAAUGGCACACGGUUGAAGCAUCUAUGGGUGGCGUGGUCAGCCUCAUCCGGCUGCUCUGCACUGAAGGAAGCUGCACCAGAGACUCCAGCGCUGACGUCCAGCUGCUUGAGCAAGCCUCUGCUCUCCCCGAGCCCGGAACAGUUCGUCAAAGCCUCUUCAUAGGAGCAGUCGAUGGGAACUGGGGUUCAGGCAGAGCAGCGGAUGAGGCAGACUACCCGCCUUCUUUUCUGGGCUGCUUCAGAGAUGUGUUUGUGGACUCACAUCUGGUGUUGCCUGCUAUAUUACCAGAGGAUUCAGGAGUCCAGGAAAACGUCACUGUGGGAUGCAGCGACAAAGACAAGUGCGACGGCAGCCCGUGUCAGAACCGAGGGCGCUGUGUGAGCCAGGGCUGGAGGAGCUACAUGUGUGAGUGCCACAGGCCAUAUGAGGGAAACAACUGUGCAGAUGAAUAUGUAACAGCACGGUUUGGAAAAGAAGACCUGGAGAGUUAUGCUGUCUUCUCAUUGGACGAUGACCCUGGUGAUACUGUGACUAUAUCCAUGUUCAUUCGCACCAGACAAUCCAGCAGCCUGCUCCUCAUACUGGCCAACAGCACCAGCCAGUACCUCCGCCUGUGGCUGGAAGAGGGAAGGGUCAAAGUUCAGGUCAACAACUUUGAGACUCUCGUUGGUCGGGAAGCGGUCAGUGAUGGCCAUUUCCAUCUGGUGACUGUGAAGCUGGAAGGAAUGACAGCCAUGUUGUUCCAGUCAGCCCAGACCCGGGGCUCUAUGCCCGUUAGGCCCAUCCAGACCCAUCCUGGGGAUCUGGUUUUCGUUGGGGGGCUACCAGACUCGAGGGCCUCUGCCUCGUUCGGUGGCUACUUUAAGGGGUGUGUCCAGGAUCUGAGGAUUAACAGCAAGCGACUGCAGUUCUAUCCCAUUGCAACUCCAGUGGAAGUUUACAGCCUGGAGCAACUCGUCAAUGUCGCACAAGGAUGCAGCAGCGACAACGAAUGUGCUGUCAACCCCUGUCUCAAUGGGGGAGUGUGUUACUCCAUGUGGGAUGAUUUCAUCUGUAACUGCCCCCCCAACACUGCAGGGCAGCGCUGCGAGGAGGUGAAAUGGUGUGAGCUGUCUCCCUGCCCCACCACGGCUGUUUGUCAGCCCAGGUCUCAGGGCUUCGAGUGUUUGUCUAAUGUGACAUUUCGUGAUGAAAGCAGUAUUUUGCAUUACAAAAGCAAUGGGAAGAUUAAGCGCAGCCUCAGCAGCGUCUCCCUCAGCUUCCGCACAAGACAGUUCAAUGCCACCUUAAUGCAUGCACAGAAGGACUCCGACUACCUCACUGUCUCCCUCCUGAAUGCUCAUGUGGUCAUGGAGCUCCAGUCUGGGGCCGGCGAGGAUUUCUGCAAGGUGACAGUUCAAAGCAAGGGUCCAGUCAGUGAUGGAGAGUGGCACACUGUGGAGCUCGGAAUGGAGAACCAGACGCUCCCGACUUCCAGGUGGAUCUUGGCUGUGGAUGGAGGCAAGAAGGUGCUAAGCAUGUCCAAAACAGCUGCGGGAAACCUGGAUUUCCUCAGAGAGGGAGCAGACAUUUUCCUGGGAGGACUCAGCCUGGACACCGGAGUGAAACUUUCUGGCUGUCUGGGCUCGGUGGAGAUUGGAGGCGUUUCUCUCCCUUUCUACUUGAACACGUGGUUGAAUUUCCCCAGACCUCAGGAGGAGCAGUUUGUGAGGAUAAAUGGGAACGCUGACCCACAUUACGGCUGCUGGGGAGCCAGUGUGUGUGCACCCAACCCUUGUAAUAACGAGGGUGUGUGUGAGGACUUGUUUGACCUGCACCACUGCACAUGUCCAUCUGAGUGGACGGGGCCACUGUGUCAAGACCCAACAGAUCCCUGCAUCUCCAGCCCCUGCAUCUACGGCUACUGCAUCAACCUACACGGGGGAUUCAAGUGUGUGUGUGAACCGGGGUACAGUGGUCAACAGUGUGACGUGGAAGUUGAUAUGUGUGAAAACAGUAAUUGCAGCCAAGGCUCCUUGUGCCUCAAAGGUUUCAAUAGCUACACGUGUCUCUGCCCUCACAAUCUGACGGGAGAAUACUGCAAGUGUGAGAAGGAUGUGGAUGAAUGUGCCUCGGACCCGUGUAUGAACGGAGGCUUCUGUAUCAACUACGUGAACAGCUUUGAGUGUGUGUGUGAUAUGAAUUACUCAGGGAUACACUGCCAAAUGGACGUCAGUGACUUCUACCUGUACCUCUUCUUGGGCCUGUGGCAGAACCUCUUCCAGCUGGUGUCCUACCUUGUGAUACGCCUCGAUGAUGAGCCGGAAAUUGAUUGUGGGAAGGAUGUGGAUGAAUGUGCCUCACAACCGAUGAACGGAGGCUUCUGUACCGACUACUUGGACAGUUUGGAAUGGGUGUGUGAUAUGAAUUACUCAGGGAUACACUGCCAAAUGGAUGAGAGCGAUCUCUACCUGUACCUCUUCUUGGGCCUGUGGCAGAACCUCUUCCAGCUGGUGUCCUACCUUGUGAUACACAUUGUCGAUGAGACAGAAAUUGAGUAG